UAUAAGCCCGCAGGGAAAGCUCUGAGCAGAGGAGGCCCCAGCCUGACCUGCUGCAGUCUGGCCUUCGGGACCCCCCUCGCCUUCCACCGCCUUCCACCUCCUGUUCAUCUCGCUUCAGGAGCUAUUGCUUGUCCCCUUCCCAGAUGGUGACUGUGCGUAGGCCGUGGCCCGCCAUGGCCACAGUGCUUCUGGCCCUGCUCGCCUGCCUGGGGGCGUUGGUCGACGCCUAUCCCAUCAAACCCGAGGCUCCUGGCGAAGACGCCUCCCCGGAGGAGCUGAAUCGCUACUACACGUCCCUGCGCCACUACCUCAACCUGGUCACCCGGCAGCGGUAUGGGAAACGCGACAGCACGGACCCUGUCGUCUCCAGACUGCUCUUCCCCGACGGCGAGGACCGCCCCGUCAAGUCGCGGUCGGAGGGCGCCGACCUGUGGUGAUGCCCCCCAAGGCCUCCUGGGAGAUAUGCUAAUUACAACGACCUCAUUUGCAUAUUUGCUCCUGACCCCGGAACCUGGAUUUCCCUCCCUGCCCGCUGCGUCGGGGCAGGGCUGGGGUGGGGCCCCGCCCCCUGGGCUAGAGGGCUGUGGGUGGUCCCUCCCUGGUCCCAAAAUAAAGAGCAAAUUUCACGGAAA